AUGAGGAAACUUAAGCUUACCGGAAGUGGAUUAAGACUGAUGAGAUGGCGUGAUAAUCUCAAAGAAAUGUUUGGGGAUCAAAAUCGUGCUGCUAGGCAAAUUGUUGUGAAGGAACUUAGGAAUACUACUAUGGCAGAAUGGACCCCAGCAAGGGAUCAUGUUCUAAAGAUAGUUGGUCUUCUUAAUGAGCUAGAGAUCCUUAGAGCUGAAAUUAACGGGGAAACCGAGGUCGAUAUCGUUCUCCAGCCGCUGCCUGACUCUUUCACGCAGUUUUUCCUGAACUACGACAUGAAUAAGCUCUCUUACUCAUUGGCAGAACUACUUAAAGAUCUUCAAGUAGCUGAGGCCCUCAUCAGGAAGCCAACUAUUGCUCUUGUGACUGAGAAAGGUUCUUCUUCUAGGCCAAAAGGCUGA